AGGGACAACUGGACUAUGCAGAGCAUGUUCGCCGGGAUUCCGAGGUGGUGCUGCUGUUCUUCUACGCCCCAUGGUGUGGCCAGUCCAUCGCUGCCAGAGCAGAAAUUGAGCAGGCAGCAAGCCAGCUUUCUGAUCAGGUGUUGUUUGUGGCAGUUAAUUGUUGGUGGAACCAGGGGAAAUGCAGAAAACAGAAGCACUUCUUUUAUUUUCCCGUAAUACAUCUUUAUCAUCGGAGCCUGGAGUCCUUGGCUACUUUGAGUUCAGUGGCUCGCCCCAGCCUCCAGGCUAUCUGACCUUCUUUACAGCAGCAUUGCAUUCUUUAAAGAAAGAUUACCUAGGAACAGUACGAUUUGGGGUUAUCACAAAUAAACAUCUUGCGAAACUGGUAUCCUUAGUACACUCUGGAAGUGUGUAUUUACAUAGACAUUUCAACACAUCACUUAUAUUCCCCAAGGAGGUCAUGAACUUCACAGCUGAGAACAUCUAUAAGUGGGCCUCUGAAAACCAGGAGACACUCUUCCGAUGGCUGCGGCCUCAUGGUGGCAAGAGCCUGCUGCUGAACAAUGAGCUGAAGAAAGGACCAGCGCUCUUCCUGUUCAUUCCUUUUGAUCCCUUAGCUGAGAGGCAUCCUCUCCUAGAUGAGAUCACCCAAGUGGCCUUGGAGUACAACAACUGUCAUAGGGACCAGGUGGUGGAGCGCCUCCUCCAGCACCUGCGGCGGGUUGAGGCACCUGUGUUCCAGUCCCUGGCACCAGAGCCACUGGUCCCACUGCCUGAUGCUCGGCUGGUGGCAGUGUCCCCCUGCUGCAACACAGUGGUGCUGCCACAGGGGCCAGCCUUCUCCAAGACCCACAACGUCUGUGAGCUGUGUGUCAACCAGACAGCGGGUAGCACCAAGCCGAGCUCGGUGAGCGUGCCACAGUGCAGCUUCUUUGACAUGGCAGCCGCUCUGGAUUCCUUCUACCUCAAGGAGCAGACCUUUUAUCACGUGGCAUCAAGCACCAUGGAGUGCAGUAAUUUUUUAACAUCCUACAGCCCUUUCAGCUACUACACUGCAUGUUGCAGGACCAUAACCCGGGGCACGGCGAGCUUCACUGGCUCAGAACAGGAUGCCUUUGCACCCCCGGCCAUCACAUUCUCUUCCCUGGAGAAGAGCUGUGAGGCUGCCACCCCGAGCUCCAUUCCUCACAUUGAGGAGAACAGGUACCGCUUUCCUGAAGUGGGCCUCACUGGCACAACCUUCACAGGCCUGAGCUGCAGAACCAACAAGACCCUGAACAUCUACCUUUUGGAUUCCAAUUUAUUUUGGUUAUAUGCGGAGAGACUAGGUGCCCCAAGCUCCGCUCCCGUGAAGGAGUUUGCCACAAUUGUUGAUGUAAAAGAAGAGUCGCAUUAUAUCUUGGACCCCAAACAAGCCCUCAUGAAGUUCACUCUAGAGUCUUUUAUUCAAAACUUCAGCAUUAUCUACAGUCCCUUGAAAAGGCAUCUUAUUGGAAGUGAUUCUGCCCAGCUCCCAUCUCAGCAUUUAAUCACUGAAGUGACAACUGACACCUUCUGGGAAGUCGUCCUUCGGAAACAGGAUGUUUUGCUGCUCUAUUAUGCACAGUGGUGUGGAUUUUGCCCUUCACUCAAUCACAUCUUUAUUCAGCUAGCUCGGCUCCUGCCAGAGGACACAUUCACUGUGGCCAGGAUUGACGUGUCUCAGAAUGAUCUUCCUUGGGAAUUCAUGGUUGACCGUCUACCUACCAUCUUGUUUUUUCCCUGCAAUAGAAAGGACCUAAGUGUAAAAUACCCUGGAGACCUCCCCAUCACCCUUCCGAAUCUGCUAAGAUUCAUUCUGUAUCACUCAGACCCUGCCUCUGCCCCCCAGAGCCUGGCCAACCCUCCUACCAAAGAAUGUGUCCAGAGCGAGGCAGUCCUGCAGCGGGAACAUAUCUCUCACAUGGAGAGCAUCAUGCAGAAGCUGAGAGCUGAGAUGAGCAGCCUCCGCCGCACACAGGAGCAGGUGGAGGGCCAGCUCUCCAGUGCCCGCAGAGAUGGGCGUCGCCUAUUGCGGAGGCAGCGGACCCUGGAGCAGCAGCACAGGCUGCUCCGGCGCCAUGGCCAGAAGCUGCAGGCCCUGUAUGUACAGAAGGCCCGUGAACUUCAAGAGCUGGCCAGUGCUUCAGAGAAUCCCCUCCCUGAAGACACAUGGCUCAAGAUUCUUGUGGCCACCAUGGAGAGGGAACUAGAAGGCCAGGAUGGGGCUGAGGACCCCACCCCUCUAAGAGAAGCUCACUCCAGCCACCGGAAGCCUACAGGUGCUACCGAGUUACCUGGUGGCACUCCUCUGCCUUCCAACACUAGCUCCACUCUGGCAUCAGAGAGGAAGCAUGAGAACAGGACAGACUAACUUUUGAAAUAAGAUGAAGGAAUUGAGGUAAAAACUACAUUGGGAAGAUAUUUAUGCAAAUUUUAUUGAAAUUUAUUGUAAAUAAAGAUUUUCUGGGUCUAGAAAAUGAA